AUGGCGCCUUCAUCUCAAGAUCUAUUUCUCCUCUCCCCUCUGACCAGUCCCGUGCCUCAAUCGAUGUACCCGUUGCUCGCCGUCGCGCUCGUCACCGCCGGUCUCAUCGCCACAGGAGCUUUCUUCGUCUAUGAAGCCACCGUUUCGAAAUUUAGCAGAUCUUUGGUUAGAGAACUACUCCUCUCAGCCAUUGCGUCCGUGCUGUUGGGUUUUGGCACUCUCUUCCUCUUCCUAUGGACGGGGGUGUACGUCUGA